AUUUGCAAUUCUAAUAAUGACACACGAAUUUGAUGCCACAUAAAAUGAUGUGGUGGGCCGUAUCUGGCCCCCCGGGCCUUGAGUUUGACACCUGUGCCCUAAGGAAAUAACUAGUACAGGAAUGAUUCAAUGCAAAAGAGAUUUUUUUUUUUUUUAAACACGGGAUACAAAGAACUUGCAGUCUCGCAAGAGUGUUUGCCCACAUAAGCUCAGCGGGAUUACGUUUUGUUCACAGCAACACUGCACCAAUGUAAAGUAGGUCCAAAACCUUGGCCGAAGGCCACUUUGAAUUUCAAGUGAGCGCUUUCUGCACUUGACUUGUCCCUUCCCGUCUCCCUUCUUUUUCGCACUAGGGGAUGUCGACACAUAUCCCAGGCCUUCUUUUUGGGUACCCAAGAGGGGAGGGGGGGGGCUAUAUUUCUUAUUUCUCAUGUAGCGGGUCCGGCCCCACCCCCUGUCACCUAACAGCUCUAUAUAAGACAGCCAGAGGACCCGAUGAUAAGAAGCCGUUCUCAAGACAAGCCUGGCCAUGCAGUUUAAAGUCCUCGUCUAUGUGGUCUUGUUGCACCUCAUAAACAACGUGUCCUCUGCUGACAUCCAAGCCGAAGCGAAUACAAAUGCCAGCCUCCCUUGCAACGUGGCCCUGAAGUUGGACAAAGUGGAUGAAGCGUCGAUAGAAGUCAACUGGGUCCGUAACGGCUCAGUCGUGGCCUCUUUCAAGAACGCCACGGCGUGGAUUGAUGACAACUUCUUUUGGACCCCGGGCCGUUUCCUCAGCGGAGAUUUUUCAGUGAGCGUCCUGCGUGUCGGCCUGAGCCUGCAGGGCGUGUAUGAAUGCACGGUCCGCUAUAACUCCACCAUACUGGACUCAAGCACGGUUACACUCAGCGUCUUUGCUCCCCCAUCUGUGUCAGUGCCUCCUCACCAGUGGCUGGCGUUGGGGGCAGAGGGCCAACUGGAAUGCCGCGCAGAUGGCUUCUACCCUCCACCUGUAACGUUCACCUGGACCAGAGACGGCCAAGUCAUUCAGCCCGCCGAGCAGCUCGACGGUGAGAAGACCCCCGAUGGCUUCUACAGAGCAGUUGCCAACCUCACCUACUACCCAACUCGAUGGGACCAGAACACGACUUUCGGCUGUAAAGUGAGCCACAAUGGCGUCGACCAAGAGCUCCAUUUUCUUCUCAACAUCACUUACUCCCCCACCAUCAGACUCUCAGCAGUCCCCUCGCCUUCCUCCAACAGUCCUCUAACCCUCUCCUGCAACAUGGAGAGCUACUACCCGGAGGAGAUGUCCGUCUCCUGGCUACAAAACGGCACAGUCCUCCCCGAUCCGCCUGACACCGAGCAGAAUCCGGAUGGGACCUUCAGAACCACCCGCUACUUCACGCUGAGCCAAGAGCAGCGGUGGAGGGGGGGGGAAGUGGAAUGCGCCGUCAAUCAGCCCGGAGUGAUGAAUUCGGCCCGGGCUGCAGCAUACCUGGAAGAACUGGAUCCUCAAGAUAAGGAACCAGUGCUCACUAAAUCUGCGAAGGCAUCCGUGGCACUGAUGUGUAUCUCCCUGGUGCUUGUCUUCCUCUUGUGCUUUGGCUUUUCUUGGAGGCGAAGAGAUGAGAAGCAAAAGUCGCUUGCCGUGUCGGGCAUCAUCCUCCCCCCUCGCAUCAUCGUGGGUCAAAAGGGCAGGGUGAGCGUGAGCAUCGAAGGCAGGAGGGUGGAGCGGGUCCAGACCACCUGGUUCCUCAACGACACCCCGAUCUCCGACACCUCCCUCACAGUCGGGAGCUCCAGAGCAAACUUUAACUGCCUCUAUAACCCCCUAACGACCAUCCAUCUGCCCUACGGCCUAACUCUCACUUCCCCAGCGCCGGAGAAAGGUCCUCUGCUGCCCUCUAGAGGAGAGACGGGUUACUACAAGUUGCAUUCCCAAGGCCCGCUGUACUCAACAGCGAGUGGAGUCCAGCAGCUCGUCUCGUCGCUGACCUUCAUCCCGCAGAUCUCCAUCCACAAGGGAGCCGUGUUUAAGUGUCAGGUGGCCUACGCGGGCAAAGACAAAAUUGUGAUGGAGAGAGUCUCCGAGAGGUUCACCGUUCUAUCUGCACCAGAGGUUUCCGAAAUCCAGCUGGCAGAAACGCGAAACAACCCGGGGGUCGUCAGCAUGACCGUGCGAGCGUCCCACUUUCACCCGGACGUCAUCACCUUUCGCUGGUUCUGCCAGGGGGGAGAGCUGAGCCCGGUGGCUUCAAAGGCCUCAACCUCCCCUCGACCCAAUUCCGAGGGCUUCUUUACGGCCUCCAGUCAGUGCAAACUGCCGCGAGCUGAGAUGGAGCAGGGAGGAACUAGAGUGUGGGUCAGCGUCCAUCACAUCGCCCUCAAGCAGCCGGUCACUCGGGAGACCAGAGGCUUCAUCAAGCAGCCACGCGUGUCCGACAUCUCGUCCGCCUCCUCGGCACCGGACCAGAUGCUGACCCUGGGGUGCGAGAUCACCGAUUUCUACCCGCCCGACGUUACGGUCACGUGGUUGAAGGUGAGAGGGGGCGAGCAAGACGACAGCGAGGACGAAGUGCUGGAGGGCUCGGAGAUGUGGGGCCCCGUGGAGAUUCAGCCCAGACUCUACAGGACCACGGCUACUUUGAGGACAGCCAACAACCGUGAGAAACGACAGCGAGGGGGAGGGAUUAAAUGCCGAGUCGAGCAUAUUUCCCUACAAGAACCCAUUGAGAGGCUUUGGAGAAAUGUUGACAUUGUUGCUCCCAGCAUCCCUUCAUCCAUUUCGGUAUGUUGGAGCAGCGAGGGAGUGGGCGUAUUCUCUCUCCUGUUGAAAGGGGGUCACCCCAAGGUCAAGUUACUGUGGACAGCCGGCGGGACCACCCUCUCACCCCUCGAUUCUAAUGAGACGGAGGAGAUAGGUGAUGACGGGCAGAGGGAGCUGAAAAGUGUGUGCGCCCUCGAGAGGUCCACACAAGUCCCCGGUCAAAGUGACAAAUGGAGGAAAAUAAAAACCAAAGCAGCUGUCACAUACCCGGACACCGACGGGAUAGCGUACAUCGACGAGAAAGCGGACGGGGAGAACAAUAACGACGAGGAAAAAUACGAAGAAACCAAGUCGUCAGAUGGAGAGGAGGCCAGCGAUGACGACGUUGAUGAUGAUGAAAGAGAGGAAGACUCGGCAGCGUUACACAUCAAUAGAGUUAAUUUGACGGACGGGAGCAAGGGAGGCGAGAGAGCUCGGUUGAGAGUUAUUGUGGAGCUCACACACCCCGCACUCAAAAUGCCCGUUUACAGAAGCUGGACAGAGCCCAAUGAGGAAAUAUCUUCCAUGUGAACAUCCUCACAGUUACAAAAAACAUUUUCCUGUGCCACUUUUUACUAGGUAAUAGUUUGUGUCCAGUUUUUGUAUUUGUCAUUGAGACAAAUUUUACUUCCAGUAGUUUAGGUAUUUUAUUUAUUAUGAUGUUUCUUCCAGCUGCUUGAUUAUUUGUAAAUGUUCUUAUUUUUGUACAAAUAUAUUUUACCAAAUCCCACGAUAUGAAUUACUAUCAAAUUCAGCAAAUAAAAUCUGACCUCAGUUUGGGGUGGAAAUAAGUAUGAUUGUUUUUGUUGUGUUUGACAAGAAAUGGAAAUGAGUCACCAUGCAGAACUGAUGCGGCCAAUGAGCUACUUCCCGUAUCAAAUGAAACUUUAUCUUACCACAUUACCGCCGCAUACAGGAAGUUGUUUUAGUUCCUCUUGCCCAAAGGAUGGCUGUGCAAUGGAGAUAGUUACACACAAGGUUUGCUCAAAAUAAUCUCACUGGCCACUA